AGGCGGAGCGGCGGCGGGCGGGGCGCCGCGGAGCAUCUCGGGAGUUGUAGUUCCGUGGCGCCGCCGCGGCUGCGCUCUGCGGCAGGACGUGACGGGGAGGGAGAGCGACAGCGGAGCGCGGGAGCGCUGGGAGGGGCUGCCCUGAGCCCCCGGGGCGGCCGAGCCGUGACAGCGGCAACCUCUCCAUCCCCGCAGCACCCAGCCUCGGGAGGCGGAGCAGCAGCAGCAGCAUGCCCCGGCCUCGCCUCCUGCGAUGAACCUCUCUGUGCGGCUGCUGCCCGGGGCCAGGAUGCUGCCCCAGCCCUGGCGCGGCUUCUCGCGGGCCGCGGAGGACGCGGCGCUGCAGAGGAUCCGCAAGGUGCUCUGCGUGGCCGAGAAGAACGACGCCGCCCGGGGCAUCGCCGAGCUGCUCUCCAACAGGAGGAUGCGGCGGCGAGAAGGGUUUUCCAAGUUCAACAAAAUCUAUGAAUACGACUACCAGAUGUUUGGCCAGAACGUUACCAUGGUGAUGACAUCUGUGUCAGGACAUUUACUGGCUCAUGAUUUUAUCAUGCCAUUUCGCAAAUGGCACAGCUGCAACCCUUUAGCUCUUUUUGAUGCUGAAAUUGAGAAGUAUUGCCCUGAAAAUUACCUGGAUAUCAAGAGAACCCUUGAACGAGAAAUCCAGCAGUGCCAAGCCCUGGUGAUCUGGACUGACUGCGAUCGAGAAGGAGAGAACAUUGGCUUUGAGAUCAUCCACGUGUGCAAAGCUGUGAAGCCAAACCUGCAGGUUUUCCGAGCGCGCUUCUCCGAGAUCACACCGCACGCUGUCAGAGCAGCCUGUGAGAACCUCACCCAGCCCGACCAGAAAACCAGCGAUGCCGUCGACGUCAGGCAGGAGCUGGACCUCAGGAUAGGUGCUGCCUUCACCAGAUUCCAGACUCUGAGGCUGCGGAAGAUCUUCCCUGAUAUUUUAGCAGAUCAGCUGAUCAGCUAUGGCAGCUGCCAGUUCCCAACACUGGGAUUUGUAGUUGAACGCUUCAAAGCCAUCCAGGCAUUUGUUCCUGAAGCCUUCUACAAAAUUAAAGUGACCCACGACCAUGAGGACAGCAGCGUGGUCUUCAACUGGAAGAGGAACCGGCUCUUCAAUCACACAGCGUGCCUGGUCCUUUACCAGAUGUGUAUGGAGGAUCCGGUAGCGACUGUUGUUGAUGUUGUGAGCAAGCCAAAGAGCAAAUGGAGGCCCCUGCCCCUGGACACUGUGGAACUGGAAAAAUUGGCUUCCCGCAAACUGAAAAUAAAUGCAAAGGAAACAAUGACAAUAGCAGAAAAACUCUAUACCAAAGGGUUCAUUAGUUACCCUCGAACCGAGACCAACAUUUUCCCCAAGGAGCUGAACCUCUCUGCCUUGGUAGAACAGCAAACACAGGACCCAAACUGGGGAGGGUUUGCACAGAGGAUUUUGGAUCAGGGUGGGCCAACCCCUCGGAGUGGAACCAAAUCUGAUCAGGCUCACCCUCCCAUUCACCCCACAAAAUACACCAGCAACCUGCAGGGCAAUGAGCAGAGACUCUAUGAAUUCAUCGUGCGCCACUUCUUGGCUUGCUGCUCUCAAGAUGCCAAAGGACAGGAAACAACCGUGGAGAUCGACAUUGCCAACGAGCAAUUCAUUGCUCAAGGACUCAUGAUCCUGGCCAGAAAUUACCUGGAAGUGUAUCCUUAUGACAAGUGGAGUGAUAAGGUUAUCCCUCUGUAUCAGAAAGGAUCUCGCUUUCAGCCCACCACAGUGGAGAUGGUGGAUGGGGAAACCAGCCCUCCCUUGCUCCUCACAGAAGCAGAUCUCAUUGCUCUCAUGGAGAAACACGGCAUUGGCACUGACGCCACCCACGCCGAGCACAUCGAGACGAUCAAGACGCGGAUGUACGUGGGGCUGACGGCAUAUCAGCGCUUCCUGCCCGGCCAGCUGGGCAUGGGGCUGGUGGAAGGAUAUGAUUCCAUGGGCUAUGAGAUGUCCAAGCCUGACCUUCGAGCUGAGCUGGAGGCUGAUCUGAAACUGAUCUGUGAGGGGAAGAAAGACAAAUCUGUAGUGUUGCAGCAGCAGGUCCAGAAGUACAAGCAAGUCUUCAUUGAAGCUGUGGCCAGAGCCAACAAGUUGGACCAGGCCCUGGCUCAGUAUUUGGGAGAAGCUGCAGAAGUUCCAGAGCAGGAGGAGGUGUACCCAGCAACGCCCCUUUCUGUACGGAAAUGUCCCCAGUGCAACAGUGACAUGGUGCUGAAGACCAGGAAGAAUGGCGGGUUCUACCUCAGCUGCAUGGGCUAUCCAACCUGCAGAACUGCAGUCUGGUUCCCUGAUUUUGUGGUGGAUGUGACCAGGGACGAGAGCAUCUGUGAUGUGUGUAAACCCCAUCCAGUUCACAGACUGAAGUUUAAAUUCAAGAAGGGCAGCGUUCCCCCUGUGAUGCCCCUGGAGUUCGUUGGCUGCGUUGGAGGCUGUGAUGAGAUGCUGAAAGAGCUUUUGGACCUCAAGUACUCACACAGAUCAUCCCAACCUGCACCAUCCAGCACCCAGCCAGGGCAUCACCUGCAGGCCAACCACUCCCUGAACAGAGCCAGCAGUGAGACCAGGCAAGCCAGGGGGACCUCAAACAUGGCACGGGGACACCUGCUCUCCAUCAACUCCUCCAGGACCCCCAGGGCUGCUCCUGCAGCUGCCCCAGACGAUGGCAAUGCCGUGGUGUGCAACUGUGGGAGCGAGGCGCUGCUGCUGACCGUGCGCAAGGACGGCCCCAACAAGGGCCGCCAGUUCUACAAGUGCAGCUCCAGCACCUGCAACUUCUUCCUCUGGGCUGACGAGCAGCCACAGGACAGAGGCAGCUCCACGCUGCUCCAGCCAGCUGCUGGAAGAACCCCAGUGGGAUUGCAGCACGCAGGAGGAGGGAGAGAGCCCUUGGGCAGCAGCAGCUCGGACGCUGGCGGGGGCGCGCUGUGCAGGUGCGAGCAGCCCGCGGUGACGCGCACCGUGCAGAAGGACGGGCCCAACAAGGGCAGGCAGUUCCACACCUGCCCCAAGCCCCGGGAGCAGCAGUGCGGCUUCUUCCAGUGGGCAGAUGAGAACGUGGCACCAGGCCCUUCUGGAGAUGACUCUCUGAACCACUUUGGCAGCAAUGGAUACUCCAGAGGGUUGGGAAGCAAGGCCAAGAGACCAGGCAACCUCUCCUCAGCAUCUUCUGCCAAGAAGCCACGGACCUGCAGCAUCUGCCACCAGCCUGGGCACACGAGGAAAACCUGUCCUCAGAACCACUGAGCUGGGAUGGACCUCAGAGUCUGCAAGGGUUGGGAACUCUGCAGAGCCACGAGGAACUGGACUUUGGGAACAAGUCCCUUGAGAGUUUUUUGGAGGGGCUGGUUGCAGGCUGCUCCUGCCAAGGGAUGCCAUUUGUUUCAGCAAGGGUUCAACCAGCUUGGAAAAGUGGUUCCACUAUCAGGUUUUGUUUCCAGCUGCUCUUCUGCUGAGCAGUUUGGGAAAGUCUGAACAUUUCAAUAAGCACUUGGAAGCUGAGUCUGUGGAGAAAACUGCACUGCACCAUCCUGGUGUUCCUGGCCUCUCCGUGCAGGGAAGAGCUGGAUCAGGGCACCAGGACAGACACCAGGGCCAAGCUCUGCUCAGUCUCUGGCUUUCCACAGUGUGGAAUUUAAGUUCCCUUCUCAGUUGAUGUUACCUGAGCAACAUUCCCCAUUUCUGUCACCCUUACCUGGCUUGUCCCUGCCAGUGAAGGAGGGUCAGGUGCAGAGGAGCUGGAUCUGGUGCUUGCCCUGGGAGGAGCUCAGCUGCAGUGCUCAGGAAGAGCCCUCAUUUUAGAUGGUUCCUGAAUUUGAAGGCAAGUUCUUCCUCAAACUUUGAGACAUGCCUUUGUGAUGCUGCUAGCUGAUGAAAGUUAUUUUUGUCAAACUAAUGAGUUUCUUAUUAAAAUAUUAUUUAAAUUUUAAA